AUGAAGGGUGUAGAUAGCUCUACAGCAAACGAAGACGGGAUGCAAAACAAACCAAUAAUAACAUGCGCGGGAGACUGGAACUUGUUUUGCACCCUGGAAGCUCCGUUGGUUGCAGCAAUUCCUCAGGAUUCCUGUGAAUGGCGAAGGUCUUUUGGGAGGAUUACAAAAUUCGUUUAUUUAGAGGCAUCCUUCAUAAAAUAUAAUAAGGACAAAGUGCAACCAGAACUAAAUUUAUUGAAACGUCCUAUAUUACAUAUUUAUUGGACUGAUUGUGUGGACAUAGAAUAUUACAAAACAACUCUUAGGGAAGAUAUAGAAAUAUGGUUCAAACAAUUAGAAAAAAAUAAUGUAUCUGACUGGAUGAUUGUUUUAGUGGAAACUUACGAUAUAAGGAAAACAAAUAAACUUUUACCAAGAACAACAGUUCUUGAUAAAGUUAAAGGAGAUUUUGCUAUAAAGCAGACAGAAGAUAGAUUUAUAUCUGUAAUUAAUCCUAUUAAGUCAGAGGCCAGAAGUGCGGAGUCAUGGAGAGCGUUAGUUGCAAAAUUACGGCAUUUAGUUUUAGUAUCCUAUAAUAAAGCAUUAAAUAAGUUUGAGGAAUAUAUGAGAGAACAGAGAGAAAAAAGAAAUGACCCAGAAUGGGAUUAUUGUAAAUAUUUUAUUUUGCAGGAGCAAUUAGCAUUUGUGCUUGAAAUGCUUGGCUUAUAUGAAGAAGCUCUAGUCCAAUAUGAUGAGUUAGAUGCUUUAUUUUCUCAAUUUGUACUCAAUUCUAAUGUAACAGAAAGUCCUAAAUGGCUUGACACAUUUAAACAACAAAUUACAUCAUGGCAAGCCAUCAGACUGACAACAACUGUGCCAAUGCAUUUAAGGGAACUUAUAAUUAAACAAAAAGCCUCUCUAUUAGACUUUAGGAGCUAUUUAUUUCAACGACAGAGUGCCAUGUUAUUACUUACUGAAAAACCUGAGGAGGUCGCGUCCCGCUGUAUAAGCACAGUACACAAUACACUUGUGGAGUUAUCAUUACUGGGGGCACCGUCAAUAGAUGGCGCUUCGGCGUGUUGGGCACAUUUGGCUUGCGUUGAAACGUUGCGCGUGUGUGAAGCGUGCACUGAUAUGCAAGCUCCCUUGUUGCAUAAUGCUAAAGAUAAGCUUCACGAGCUCGGCAAGCUGUGUGGCCUACUCCCUGGUUCUCCGGAACCUACAUCGGAACAGCUCCACCUGGUUGUUAUGCUGUCAGCCGGAAUGGGGGAUACAGAGACAAAUAAUAAUUCCCCAACCGUGAGGCUGAAGGAGGCUUUAUGCAGUAGUACAUCCUUUCAGCAGUACUAUUUGGAGUUAGCCGAAUUGGCUAUGGGGACGUAUAAGCAUAUUGGAAGAUUAAGAUUUGCUCGUCAAAUUGGUAGAGACUUAGCGGCAUUCUAUUCGGAGUUAGGUGAGACCAGUAAAGCGGUUGUAUUUCUCGUGGACGCGUUAAGAUCUUACGAGGAACAAGGCUGGCAUGAACUUGCAGCUCAAACGAGGCUCGAAUUGGUCGCCGCUGCCAAGAAAAUGAAUGAUUUUGACAGAUACACAACACUAUCAGCAAAGAUUGCAAGUACAGCUGAACUAGAGAUCCUAGUCAGAAAUUUCUUCUUUGAGGAAAUGAUGAAGUCAAUCAAACAAAAUCUCACAGAUAAAGAUUCAGUCCAAACGGACCUUAGCGAUUGCUUUCGACUUAUUACCUCAACCCUAUUGCCGUCCGAACGUGGUUAUAUCACAGAAAAUAAGGUUCAAUGUAAACUGGUUUUUGAGAGUGUUCUCCCAAAAGACGUUGUGUGUACGAAAGCGACCAUUUGUAUAGACCCCUGUGAGGUAGAGAAGACGCCGGUGAAAAAUAAGACUGAUUUAGGUAUACAGGCUAGUCCGAAAAAGUCUAGUGAUGAUGUUUCUAGUUUUAGUUCAAGUAUAAGACUGGAUGACUUAAAACCCAAGAAUCCUCUAUUAGAUCCAAUGCAGUUCACCUCAAAACUCCAUUUUAAAGAAGAUAAAUCCCUUCAAAAGGCCACUAUAGAAUGUCAUAACCCAAAAAUGAUAUUAAAACGAUCGGACAGCACGAAGUAUCGUAAACCAGUUCCACAAGUCAAAUCUAACUGCGAAUUUUACCUCACGUGUACUGACUUCAUAAUAAAACCAGGUUUAAAUGAAGUAUUAUUUGAGUGUAUACCGACCAAAUGCGGGGUGUUUAAGCUCGGUGUAAUAUCUUUAUUAGUCGAGGGGAAAAUAGACUUUAUAUCUGAUGUAUUAAGUUCCAAAAUGGGUUUUGAAGUGAUAACACAAGGCGUGAGCGUGUAUUUGAAUAAAGUUGAGCCAAAGAAGGAUUUAGUUGCGGGUUUGGAACACGAUAUGGAGCUAGUUGUUACUAAUGGUUGUUCGAGGAUGGACGAGAAUACAACAAUACACCUUAAAGCCUCGUCGGGCCUUCAUCUCCGAUAUGGAGUGAAUUCCUUACUAUCCCGGGAAUUAACGAUACCAGUGGAGGCAUCAGAACCGUUCCAUACUACGAAAAUUCCUUUACGAUUGUUCGCUGUUUUGUUACCGAAGAGGGAAAAAAGUAUUGAACACACGGUGUGGCUAACCUGCCCCUGGUUAGAGUCAAUAAUGGAGGUCCCUCUACAUUUCUCUCCUCCUAUGAUAGCUGCCUGGAGGCUCCUCACCUCAAAUACUCGAAAGUUCGUCCAUGUCACUCUAAAGUCUACAGUCGGACAUCUCAUACAUCUGGUAUUGACAGAGCCUAAGUUGGAUUGUGACGGCAACAUAACUGUGUCCAAUCUUAAUCCAAAAGCACAUGAUGAUAUGAAAAUAUCAUCAGACGGAACAACAGCAUCGUUUAUGUGGGAACUACUGAAAGAUCCUUUGGUUAAAGCUGGUCCUAUGAAGGCUACAUUCACUAUACAAUACCGAUUGGAAGAUGAAAAGGUCUCACGUACGUUCACGUGCCCGAUCGACAUACAAGAUUGCACGACACUGUUCGUUAUACGAACGAAAUUGGAGCCGGGAAAAGGAUCGGAUUUCUGCAGAGCAAGUCAAGUGUGCUGUCUGCAUUUGAGCGUUCAGAGGGUAAAUGAAACUGAAUACACAUCAUUGAUGUAUGAGGUGCUGGCUGAUCAGACUAUGUGGGCAGUCUUAGGGAGAACUGCAGGUGUAAUAUCAAUGGAUUCGUCCACCGGCGAGCCUCAAAACGUAACAUUAGAUGUGAUGCCACUCAUGGCAGGGUAUCUGCCGCUACCAACCGUCCGAUUGUCCAAAUACAUCGCUGCUAAUACCAAAGAUCCCAAAAAGGAUAUUUCAGCGCAUCCCCGGUUAGAACCAUUUGGUCCAGGUCAAGUGUAUCACGCGGGUAAAACAAAACAAGUACAUGUAUUGGCGCCUGCGCCUAAGGAACAUCUGGAUAUUGUUGUUUGA